UUUGAUAUUAGGCGCUGAUAGAGAUGAACACAUUUUCCUACAAUCUCUUCUUCCUUCCUGUUUAGGAUGUAAGGCGGGAAAUUCUUGGUUGCAAGCAAGAUCAACAAUUAAUGGCUACCAGAGAAUUCUGGGAGAGUUUUUGAUUCCGAGCUAGAUCACGUAUGCGGCUCCUUCCAUGGGGGAGGAGGAGGAGGGGAAACUUCAAUGGCUUAAAACACCUUCUCUUAGCUUGUACAGACCCACCAUUAGUUGCCACAGUUCAUGCUCUCCUGAUAACAUCUGGUAUCAUCCAAGACGACGACAAUUCCAUUCCACAAUUAAUAUCCUCUUAUGCCAGAGUAUCUCAGUUGAACUUAGCACGCCAGGUGUUCGAUCAAUUGCCCCAGAGAAAGAUAGGUGCAUGGAAUUCAUUAAUCGUUGCUUAUUCACGCAAGGAUCGUCCUUCCGAGGUAAUUAAUCUCUACCGUUCGAUGUGUCGGGACGGAGUUAAACCUGAUAGCUCAACAUUUACACUAGUUAUCAAGGCUUGUGCUAGCUUAUUAGAUUUUGAUAUGGGUGAAGAAGUUCGUCUAAGUGUAAUUGAAUCCGGAUAUCUAAAUGAUCUCUUUGUUAGCUCUUCCCUUUUGAAUUUCUAUACCAAAUGUGGAAGAAUGGACAUUGCAUUAUCUGUUUUUGAAACUAUGCAUAAAAAGGAUAUCGUUUCAUGGACAACAAUGAUCAUGGGUUUUGCACGGAGUGGGCAAGCUAUUGAAGCUAUUAGUAUCUGCAGGAAGAUGCAAGAAGAAGGAUUCGAACUUGAUAGUGUUGUGAUGUUGGGUUUGAUCCAGGCUUGUGCAAAUCUUGAAGACAGAAGAAUUGGAUUCUCCAUCCAUGGAAGUAUGAUCAGAAGAGAUCUGUCGAUUGAUGUAUUAGUUCAGACCAGCUUAGUCGAUAUGUACGCCAAGAUGGGACGAUUGCAGCUCGCACAUCGCUUAUUUCAAACGAUUCCUACCAAAAGUGUCGUCACUUGGAGUGCUCUGAUUUCCGGUUAUGCUCAAAACGGUUUCGCAAAUAAUGCACUCGAGUUAUUCAUAGAGAUGCUUGAAAACGGCUUUGAACCCGACCCUGUUUCACUUGUUGGGUCGCUUUUAGCUUGUUCUCAACUCGGUUGUUUCAAAUUGGGUCGUUCUGUUCACGGGUAUGUGAUAAAAACGCUUAGUUAUAACUUUGAACAAGUUAGAACCGCGUUGAUCGAUAUGUAUUCGAAAUGUGGUUCUCUUUUCUCAGGGAACAUCUUGUUUAAUCGGAUAGUUUGUAAAGACACAGUUUUAUGGAAUGCUAUGAUUGCUAGCUAUGGAGUUCAUGGACAUGGAAAGGAAGCUCAUUUGUUGUUUCUGAAGAUGAUAAAGACGAAUUCAGAACCAGACCAUAUAACGUUUGCUUCUCUUCUGUCUGCGUUUAGUCAUUCGGGUUUGGUUGAAGAGGGAAUGGUGAAUGAAGCGUUUGAUCUUAUAUCUUCGAUGAAGACCGAGCCUGGCGUUGCUACUUGGGUUUCUCUUCUGUCUGGUUGUUGUAAUCAUCGGAAUAUACGAAUUGGAAUGGUGGCGGUUGAAAAAGUUUUGAAGAUGAAGAUCGAGGAACCGGGUGUUUAUACUUUGGUUUCUAACUUUUUUGCAAUGGCAAGAAAAUGGGAUGAAGUGGCUUGGAUUAGAAAGGAAAUGAGGAGAGUUGAGAUGAAGAAAACUCCUGGUUAUAGCACAUUGGAAGUUAAUGGGGAUGUUCAUGUUUUUGUUGUGGAAGAUGAGAGAUGUUUUCAGUAUGAAGAAAUGGCACAAAUGUUGGAAAGGCUGGAAGAUGAUAUGAGAAUGGUGAAAGAUUUACCAAUUCCUGAUCUACUCGACUAGCUCAAAGUAUAACUUUUCAAAUAAUUCUUAUUUUUAAAACUUAGAACUUUCCAAUGCUAUUUACCUACAAAGGUAAUUAUGUAUUUAUACUAUUUUAUUUGUAAAUGUCAAUAACUAUAGGAAAUCAGUCCUAAACCUUUUCACUGUUAUAUGAGUACUACUCUUCAAAACAUUUUUUAUUGGUUUUCAUUUUAUGUGUU